AAAAAACAAAUAAUUUUGUGGGUAAGAAUUAGCUGCUAUAGUAGUGUAGCCUUCAUACGGCUUCGCCUCGCGCCUCAGCAGAACUGAAGACUUAUCUUCGGUAUACAUAACCAAAACGAAAAACCCGUUUUGGGGCGUUUCGUAAGAAGAAAUGCAACUUCCUUGAUAUCAUGAUGACUGUCUCAAAAAUGCUACAACUGUGUGCAAGGAGGUGUCCGUGUCGGACUGCUGCUGGUCUUCAUCUGGUGUCGGGCGAAGGGUUGCGAAUGUGAUGCCCCGCUUCUGCUGAAGUGGACGAGAAUCGUUCGUAUCGAAGCGUCAAAAAACUAUUGUUGCGCAGACAACCACAGUUGCCGUACCUCGACGAAGAUCAAGCUGAAAGUCGUCCUCUGCUGUACCACGACUCGAACUUCGACUUUUUCACGCACUUCUAGUACUGCGCGACCUGGAGAAGAACCGCCAGUAUGGGUUCCUAUCUCUCAAGCCCGGUGACGCACAAGGAGAUGUGCGGGGGCGAAUCGCGAGAAAACCCCUUCGUUAUGCAGAUGAGAAAGAAUCACAUAAGAGAGCAAAUUAGUCUUCCUAUUCCUUUGCUUGAAAGGGCCGUAGCUUUGUCGAAAGCCAAACAAAGAAGCGCGAUGAAUCAAUUCUCGCUGUUGAGUCUCAAUUACGCUAAAGCGAAUCCCAAUGCGUGCUGGGUGUGGCUGUGAAAAGGCUAAUUCCGCUGUGUGUGAUUUUUUCACUUCCAUCAGAGUCGGGGAAGUGGCAGGGUGUAUGAUGCAAGGUUGGAGAAAAACGAUGGAGGACGCCCACAUCUUAUGGCAAGAAAACAUUAGUUUAGUCGGUGGCCGCGCAUGCGUUGCAGAAGUUCAUUGGAUGCGGGUUUUUUUUCGCAAUGAUGUGACUUUCCUCAACUUUGAUUGUGAUUGAGAUGUGAAUUUCAAAAUUUCUCCCAGGAGAACUACCAGGGGAUAAUAUGUAGCGAAGCUGCACGUGCACGCCAUGCAUGGACAACCACCUCAUUUUGCCUUCCAUACUUUUGCCUGCCGGACCUCACAGCCUUCUCCCAUCCUGUUCUAGACGAGGUAGCGAACAGCUUCUAACUUUUCUUCUUUUUUCCCGUGGCUAGUGGCAGUGCUACGUACCGGUGUAGCGAAAUUUUGCGCGCGAGGAUGUUACGAAGUAGAUUUUCGAAGACCAGCGAUGAAUUUCAAUUUUUCAUCCGAAAAACAGGUCGGCAUCGGGGACGGCAAAGACGGCGCAGCCGGUGGAGCGAAAAAAGGCCUGGAGCACAGGAUACAGGACCAGUGGAAGGGACACAGUCUCUUUGCCGUUUUCGACGGGCACGGCGGUGCGGAUGUGGCGAAAUUCUGCGCCAGCUGCGUCCCGAUGAUGCUGUUGCGAAAAGACAUGGAGAUGACCACCUCGUCGUCCGGGGCCUCCAAGGGCGAUUGUAGCGGUGCUAAGCUCGAAUCCUUACUUGUGGAUGUGCACCACAGAUUAGACGACUUGCUCAGGGAUGACAAGUACGGUUCACGUUUUUUGCGAACACGACAAAAUCAUUGAUUUGAGGUUGCGCACCGUGCUUUCUUUCAUCGUGUAAUUAGCAUGCCGAUGCGUUAUAAAAACUACGUGCAUAAAGUAAGAUAAAAAAAGCUUGUUCUCGUCCUAUCAGGUACUGUCGCGCCCUCGUCCCCACCGCUUCCAAUGGGAACGGGGCCGCCGGGAAUGGCAGCGGGGACUCGCCCAAUGGUAGAACGACGCCAGGAGGCGCCACAGGACCAAACGGGCCCGCGCUGUCCCUUCUCCAGCAAUCCUUGCAGAAGGACCUGGCCGGGGCGAAAGCGAAAGGGUCGCUGUCGACCGGACAAGCGACGAAUGUGAUGGUCAAGAUGAUGCUGUUGCAGCAGAUGACAGGCGGGGGGAAAGGCGGAGGGAUGACAGGAGGUGGGCCGGGAAACAAGAGGAAUUUGGAAUUAGACGACGACAUUUUUAGCACAGAGGACGACGACAUGAACAGUGGGUCAUCAUCCAGCAGUUCCUCAGGGCUGAAACCCGCAGAGCUUUUGCAGGAUUUGUGGGAGAGUAAAAGCAACUCGAGCACGGCAACGAGCUCCACCUCGGCCUCUUCUAGUUCCUCCAAAACGACAGACAAGGACAAAAUUACCGGAAAAAUCACGGACGGAACAGCAGCCGAUCCAGAUCGCGCCUGCACCUCCCGGUCGCAAUCGCACCCGACAGCCGGGCUGGGUGGCGUGAUGAGUGGCGGGCUUUUAGCAGGCCACGACCGAUUCGGUGGCGGGCCCCCGCCAGCAGCGUGUAUAGCGAGGCUGAUGGGCUGCACCGCGGUGCAGGCACUGGUGACUCCGGAGGGAAAGGUACUUGAUUGAUAGUAAAAAAGUGCAGAUAAAACAUGAUCAUGCCACUUUUGUACAUGCAGUUUUGCAUAGAUACGCGGCAAAUUGACUUCUUUCAUUCUCUUUGUAAGCCACCUAAAAAUUAAACGUUCUAUACAGGUCAUUGUCGCAAACGCCGGUGACAGUCGGUGCGUAGUUUGCCAGCGAGACGGUCACGCGCACGCCCUUUCCCACGACCACAAACCGGACCAACAGCGCGAACAGAACCGCAUUCACGCCGCCGGCGGGCGGGUCGAGGUCUGCAAGCCGUUAGCGGCGGGCGGAAGGACCCACCAUCGCGUGAAUGGAAACCUCAACCUGUCCCGAGCGAUAGGCGAUCUGGAGUACAAACAAAGACAGGACUUGCCCCCAGAUCAACAGGUAUACAUAGCUGCUAGAGAACUUUAUUUUGAUAAUGCUGACAGAAGAUUGAUCAGAAUCAGAUUCAAAUGUGAACAACAACAAUUUUCAAGUCCGCUAAGUGUAAGUAAUUUUCUCGUUGAUUCCCCCUUACAACAUCAGAUAAUCUGCUCCACACCGGACAUCAUCACCUAUGACAUUGCACCGGGCGACGACUUUCUGAUUCUCGCCUGCGACGGCGUGUGGGACAUGAUGACCAACCAGGAGGCCUGCGACUUCGUCCGCACGAGGUUAAAAAAGGGCUCCGCGCUGAAACAGAUCUGCGCGGACCUGCUGGACGCCUGCCUAGCCGACGACCCGCGGAAACAAGGCGGUUUGGGCGGGGACAACACCACGGUGCUGCUGGUCAAGCUGAAGUACAGCUUCGAGGCCCGGAACAACAAGGGCGUGAAGAAAAACGCGGGGAACUACGGGCUGAGUGACGAAGAAAACAUGACAGCAAAUAGUACAGGCAUUUUUACCAUGGCGGUCGACGAGGGCGGGAAUGAUUUGAAGUCCCUCGCGGAGUUGAGGAAUCCCAGCUCGCAGUCGACCAACAGCAACACGCAGGACAGCACAAACUCCGCCGCGUCCUUAUCCUCGAGCAGUAGUGGCAGAGACCUGGUGCAGAUUGCGUUUUCGUAGACGUAGGUGUUGGAUGAUGAGCAGUACUCAGUGUACGGAUACCGUGCACAGCGGAAAAAACAGAGAGAUACGAGCAAUAGACGUAGAACAAGUUGCACCCCUCAAAAGGAAUACAACAACGAACGAAUUUCUAGGAGCCCUAGAAGAAGCUAUGCUAGUCCUACGUAUGAACAAUUAGAGCUACCCCGGUAAUGAUUUCAUCUUCAUAGUUUCAUCCCGACUUCGUUGCGCUCGCGCAUUGAUUAUCGAAUAAUAAAACAUAAGUACUCACAACGAGAGACGAACCGUUUCAGAGAGUUGUAGGACCUAGAUGGAAGUUUCUUGUUAUCAACAAAAAGAGAGAGUUCGUACCAGACGACAAAGAACUCAGCAUUUUUUCAAGAACGAAUUAGUGGCGCUUGUCGGCACAAAAGGGGACGGAAUGCAGCGAAGGUGACGAAGAUAUUUGACUGCACCAGCAUCAUGGACCACUUAAAUGAAAACCUAAUGAACUCGUGCAAGUACAAUGAGUAGUCCCCCCGUGCUCUUACCGAUACCGUGUCGACUAUUACACAAAACAAGUGACCGCCCAUUGAUCUCAACGGAUGGACGUUUUGCUUUCGAAUGCGCACAGUUUCGUAGUUGCGAAAUCAGAAUCACAACCAGACUUAAU